AUGCGGUCGACAUCAUUACUACCGCUCGCCGCGUCGGCCGCGCUCGGUAUUCAAAUAACAUUUACCGAUCCAAACUCUGUGAAAACAAACCUGAAAUCAAUCGCAGAAGGCAUGCUGCAGUACUAUACAGGCGAUGAGCCAGGUGGUGUGCCAGGUCUUCUGCCUGGCUCGCUGGCGUGUAAUCCUGCCAAUGAUGGAACGUAUUGUUGGUGGGAAGCUGGCGCGAUGUGGGGAGCACUCAUCAACUACUGGCAAUAUACGGGCGACGACUCUUAUAACAGCAUGAUCAGCACAGCCAUCCAAUUCCAGUCCGGCGAGGACAAGAACUUCAAUCCAGACAACCAGUCGCGGAGUAUGGGUAUCGAUGACCAGGAUUUCUGGGCUUUCACAGCCCUGGACGCCGUCGAGGCCAACUUCCCAGAAUCAACCGCCAAGGGCGAUCCAUCAUGGCUCUCGCUUGCACAAGCAACGUAUAACUUCCAACAGGAUUAUUGGGAUACCAGGACCUGUGGCGGCGGCUUCAGAUGGCAAGUGUACAGCAUCAAUGCGGGCUACAAUCUGAAGAACAUGAUUUCGAACGGUGGCAAUUUCCAACUGGCUGCUCGACUUGCAUAUAUCACCGGCAAUCAAUCAUACUACGACUGGGCGGACAUGGUUUGGGACUGGAUGGAAGCAUCAGUCAUGUUUGAAAGGGCGAGUGAUGGUACUCUGUAUAUUUGGGAUAACACGAAUGCCGACAACGGCUGUAUCGACGCAACUAAUUACAUCUGGACGUACAACUACGGCACAUUGAUAUCUGGAGCUGCGUACAUGUACAAUCUGACCAACGGCAACGCGACUUGGAAGGGUCGGCUUGAUGAGCUUUUGGGCAGCACAUACUCGUUGUUCUUCCCUGCGGAUAAGGGCGGUAACAUUAUGGUGGAAUACCUUUGCGAGGAAAAAAUGAUCUGCAAUCAAGAUCAGAAGUCGUUUAAAGCGUAUCUGGCUCGAUGGUUGGCAGUCACGGCGCUACUAUAUCCGGAAUCUGCUGCACAAAUUACCCCCAAGCUGGCAGCAAGUGCAGCUGGCGCAGCGGGCCAAUGUAGCAGCGCCGGAACUUGUGGAAUGCAAUGGUAUAACCCAACGUAUGACGGACAGACUGGUGUUGGUGAAGAGAUGGCGGCAAUGUCGGUCAUAGGGUCAACGUUGAUAAAUGGUCAAAUGGUACCUCUAAGCGAGAAGACUGGAGCAACAUCCACAAGCGAUCCUGGCGCGGGAGACGAUCUCAAUGUUCACAAGCCGAUCACUUUCGCGCCCAUCACGACAGCAGACAAGGCCGGUGCUGCCAUUUUGACGAUUCUGGUGUGCGUUGGUCUUGUUGGAAGCAUGAUUUGGAUUGUGCUUGAGUAA